GUUGGCCUUGGUGUUAGUGUUGGAAUUUGGAUUGCUUCCCCGAGCUCCAAAACUCAUUCAGAUUUUGUAAAACUGAUCCAGAUCACAUUAUUGACAUCUCAACAACUAGUGAGUGACUUUUCGGGACCAUCUUCAUGUUAUGUUUGGUGUUGAAAUCGUGUAAAAAUUGACCUACCACCAACACCAAAAGGUCAACACCGGACUUGAAAUCACCCAGCAUUGUGCUGGGUAUUGUACCAAAACUAGAUGGGUAAACAUGGCCACCUCCAUGGAAGAGUCAACACAAUCUUCAAUGAUGAUGGAACAAAACGAAGAAGUGUCAUCGAGUAGCGAUGAUUUGGAUUCGAAUCGUUGUAUGAAUGCAGGUGAAGUCUCAUCAAGCAAUACUAGGCCCAGUGGAAUUUCGAGCAUUAUUAAUGACGACAAGUCAACUGAAGACGGAUUAAGCAUUGAAGAAACAUCGAGCGCUGCUGCUACCGAAUCUUCUCGGGACGUUUCGCCCAAGGUAGCGGCUUGCGUAUCCAGCACUGAUACCAAUAUGCCUGCUGAACCUUGCGACCAUGAUAAUCCCGCCAAUGCGAAAGACAAUGACAGCGAAAUGAAAGAUGAGCAAGGAGCAGAUUCAUUCAGUUCAUGUGAUCGAGGAGUGAAAGCAAUAGAAUCAUCAGAGUCAGGAUUUAAAAUGCCAGGCAUGCCAGAUAAAAACUUCUUAAACCCGAAACCUGCUGCACAGAAAAAUUCUGGCAAUGUUAGUGACAGUGUCAUCAUUGACAUUAGCAAGGAAACUGCAUCAUCGUCAAGCUCAGAUUUCACAAUUCCAUCGUCAAUUCAAGGACAAAAGAAGGGUACAUUUGCAUUUACUUUGCCCAAAACUCUUCCAAAAUCAAAACAUGGUUCUUUCCAAGCAACUCAAUCAAAACAGAAAGAGCCAGAUAAAAGUCCUGUUUUGAAGAUACAUGAUAAAUCAGAAGACAAGGGAAAGCCAGCUGUUAAUGCUCCAACUCUUCCAUAUAAAGAGCCUUCUUGGAGUGGCAUCCCAAGCCAGGAAUAUCAUCUGGAAGUAUUGAAAAACGGAAGCAUUCUCUCCAAACUCACACUGAAUGACAAACCAUUCCAUGUAUUUGGACGAUUAGCAUCUUGUGAUAUUCAGAUGGACCAUCCUUCCCUAUCACGUUAUCACAUGAUCCUUCAGUAUAGACCUACAGGUGAUGGAGAGCAUGAUCCAGGGUUUUAUGUCUAUGAUCUUGGAAGCACUCACGGAUCUUUUCUCAAUAAACAGCAGAUUAAAGCCAAAGCAUAUUACAGAAUGAAUGUUGGACAUAUGUUCAAACUUGGUGGAAGUACAAGACUUUUUAUCUUACAGGGACCAUCUGGUGAACAGGAAGAAGAAUCUGGAAUGAGUAUCACAGAACUGAAGGAACUCAGAGAAAGACAGAUGAUGCAGAUGGAAGAGAAGAAGAGGAGAAAAGAAGAAAAAGAGAUGGAAGAUAUGAAAGCUCGAGAAAAGACAUCAGAAGGCAUUGAUUGGGGUAUGGGUGGCGAUGAAGAUGAAGCAGAUUCUGAUGAAGAAAAUCCCUUUGCUGUGAUAGAAACCCAAGAAGAGAGAGAAGCUGCUUAUAUCAAGGAUCCUAAGAAGACACUUAGGGGAUUCUUUGAAAGAGAAGAUGUUGAGUUAGAAUAUGUAGUAGAUGAAAAAGGUAGUGGCUUCAACCAUCAGUAUGUUUGCAGAGUGCAAUUGCCUCUUGAUGAUUCAGUUGGUAAUCCAAUCUAUGCAGAAGCAGCUGUAUCAGGCAAGAAGAAAGAAGCUGUUGUAGCCUGUGCCUUAGAAGCUUGUCGUAUCCUGGAUGCUCAUGGAGUACUCAGACAAGCUACACAUGAAAGUAAGAAGAGGAAAGCCAAGGAUUGGGCCCAGGAUGACUAUUAUGAUAGUGAUGAUGAUACAUUCCUGGACAGAACUGGAGCCAUAGAGAAGAAGAGGAAACAACGGAUGAAGAAAGCUGGAAUUCUUCAAGAGAAGGCUGAGACAUAUGACUCUCUGCUUGCAAAGCUUGCAGAAGUGGAUGCUGAGCUUGUAGCAACAGAAAAACAACUUGAAGAAGCAAAAAAGGUACAACAAACAUCAGGAGAAUCUGACACCUUGGAUGAUUUCAUAGCAAGCUUAAAGGCUGGGGGUAGUUCACAUGAUAGAGCUCAGAGGGCUAAACUUAAAUUCAAGGUGGUGGAUCUUAGGAAGGAGCAGUUCAAACUACAGAAGUUAAUCCAGCUGGCCAGACCUACCCAUAUUCCAGAGCCACCCAAGUUGAAUCCUCUUCCGAAAGGCAAGACUCUUUCCAUGAUAGGCUCCAUGAAAUCCAAAUCAAAUUUCAAAGAAAAAUUCCAGCCAAAGAUUCAAAUAAAUGCUUUUAAGUUAAAAAAGGAACCAGAAGAGGAGAUGGAAGAAGAAGAGGAGGAAGAGAAUGAAGAUGCUGGUGAAAAUGCAGAUGCAGGCAUCAAGAAUCAGAGUGCUCAAACAAAGCAGGUUUCAUUAGAGAAUAAAAGUGAUGAGAUUGUAGCACCCAACGAGGGAGAGGAUGACUCUCAGUCAGCUCAGACUCAGAGAAUGUAUGGAGUAACAAUGCCUCCAUCAUCAUCAUCGCCAUCAUCCAAGGAGAUGAACUCUAUCAAUAAGAUGGAUACGGCUACAGAGAAGUCAGUAUCUCCGCCCAAACGAGUAUAUGGUGUAGCUUUGCCCCCAUCAAUGACGGGGGAGAAAUCAAGAGAUACUGUGGAAGAGGAAGAUGUAGUCCCUGUGAAAUCUAAAAGGAUGUAUGGACCAGCUAUGCCACCACCAAGCAUACAGGAUACCACAGAAAAGAGACUGGUAAAAGGUCCUUCUCGGGGGCCAAGUAAGGCAGAGUAUAUGGAGCAAUAUGGAGGAGAUGGGUUUAAUCAUCAGUCUGUUGGAGGUAUGUUGACAUCAUUGAGGGAUAAUGAAGGAGAGAAGAUGGAAAAAGAAGGUGAAGAUUACACAGAUUGGCAGCCUCCUGCUGAUCAAAAAGGAGAUGGACGGACCUCACUGAAUGAAAAGCUAGGGUAUUGACCAUUUUGGAAAAAAGGAAUUUUAAUCCCUUUCCUUCUGCCAUACAUUGACAAAAGUAGGCUAAUGACAGAAGAUAUGUCUUGUGAAAAGGAAAGAUGUGUGCAUCAUUUACACCAGCAGUACCCUUAUAUCUUGCCUAAUAUAGCUACUGGGAAGUUUUGUUACAGGAUGGUAACUUAGAAGAUGGUAGCUCAGAAAAACGUUGUUUCUACUCAAACAGUCCCUCUGCAUAAACACAAACACAAAUCUAUCUUCAGGUUCUUCAUGACAUUAUUCAUAUAGAAUAGUGUCCAUUCUGUGGAGAAGAAAACCCAAGCAAUGCACUAUAUGUGUAUGGGUAUAACGUUGGCUGGCGCAUGUGGUGUUCAAACGUAAUAGCAUUGAUUUUAAUUGUUCUCCCUAGAUCUUCCAAUCUCCCAUCCAUAAGUGAAGAUACAUAGACACAUAUAUAUACAGUGCGUAUCAGAAAAAAGUUUACACUUAGAAAAAGUCCUGUAAAAUUAUAUAUUUGUAAUAUCCUGAAGAUUUUUCCACAUUUUAACAUUGUUACAGAUCUAUUCAAGCAAAUGACGAUAUAACUGUCGAAAAAUAUUUCCGCUUGAGUGAGCACCACUUACUUUUGAAAAGUUAGUAAAAAAUGAUUUGCGCAGAACUUUGAAAUAGUUAUGCGAAUAAAAGUUGACCUUAAUCAUGAAGAACACAUGGACUUUAGCUAGAAAAAUUGAUCUGAAGAUAUCUUUUACCUUUUUUAACUUGUUCUUUGCCCAAAACACUUUGAAGAGUGCCAUUGCGCCCCACCCCACUCCCCCACACACUGAGGCCAUCAUGGCCAUUGUGACGAUAUUUGCUUUACACUGAGCUGUGAUUUACAUGAAUUGGCUUAGGCUUGAUUUUCAUUUUGUUAAUCAUCGUCAAGCUUGGGAAAAGUGUGGAGAAACAAGUAUUAAAUGAAAAAUGAAAUGUUAACCCACUUUACAGGAUAAAAACUUAGUGAAAAAUGUUGGAGAUGUCUGAUGUAAGCUUUUAUUUUAUGUCCUCAGAUCCAGCUGGCACAAAAAGGGUAAAAGUUGUGCUUACUAAGUGUUAACAUUUUAUGUUGGGUGGCAAAAUGGUUACAAAAUGCUUGCAUGCAUCCGUUUUAUUUCAAUUUACUCAAAGUGCAAGGGAAAUGUAUGAGAAAUGUUUCGCAGGGUAAGUUUGAUUUCGCCUUUUCACCUUGACACAUCGUGAAAACGAGCACUUCUGCGCAAACAGAUUUCUGCGAGCUUUACAAAAAUGGACAGUGCUCACCCAAGUAUAACAUUCUGUCAAAAUUUUUACUUUCAUUGGAUAGAUGAGACCCAAACCCAAGAAUAUAUGUGAAAAAAUUACCCACAUGUUGUAUAUUUUUGAAUUGCCAGGGCUUUUUCAGAGUGUAAACUUUUUUUUGAUACGCACUGUAUAAGAUGUUAAGAUCAGCAAUGUUAAAAAAAUAUCAAUAUGAUAAAUAUAUCAGUUGGCAUUUGUAGGGUAGAACUGGUAUUGCAUAAUCUGAAGUGGAUUUAUGAUCUAUGAAAUUUAUAAGUUUGUAAUCCAAAUAUCCAAUAUCUGUUGGUCACUGUCCACCCAAAUACGGUACGUAAAUUACCCAUUAUUUAGUGGGCAUUUGAAUGAUAAUAAUAAAAAUAAUUGGCAUUUAUAUAGCGCUUUAUCAAUCUACGACUAUUCAAAGCGCUUCACAAUUAUUAUUACCCGGUCACUGGAUUCAUAGCAUGUCAAGCAGCCUGUUAGGCGCACACUUGCUAAACCAACCACAAUGACAGUUGUUUCCUACCGGUACCCAAUUAGCACCUGGGUGAGAGUGGCAAAGUGUGGAUUGACGCCUUGCCAAAGGGCGCUAGGCCAUGGUGGGAUUCGAACACACAACCCUCUGAUUACAAGGCGAGAUUCAGAACUGCUACACCAUGAUGCUUGAACUCCAAACCAGACAGCCUAGCUGGGUAAUCAUCAGUGAUAUUUAAGAGCAGUCUGUCAAAAGUACUUCAAAUAACUAUUGUUGAUUACAAAAGGAUUAAGACCAUUAACGAUGCUACUUAAUUUGACCUGAUUUUUGUCUUGCCUGCAUAGCAGAGCGAGACUAUUGGCGCCGCUUUUCCGAAGGCGGCAGCGUCAACAUCAAAUCUUAACCGAAGGUAAAGUUUUUGAAAUGACAGAAUAACUUAGAAAGUAUAUAGACCUAGUCCAAGAAAUUUGGACAUAAUAUUAAUCAAGUAUUACUGAACAUCCUACCUUAGAUUCAGGUCACAUGACCAAGUUCAAAAGUCAUUUAUGGUAAAUGAACUUAGACCAUGUUGGGGGGAUCAUUAUCAAAAUCUUAAGUUUUUAAAAUGUCAUCAUAACUUAGAAAUUAUAUGGACCUAGUUCAUAAACUUGGUCAGCAGCUCUAUCUCAAAAUAUCAGCCUUCACGUAGUCUUCGCUCAUCAUCUGAUGCUCUAUUGCUCCAGACACCCAGAACAAAACACAAAUGGGGGACCCUGCAUUCUCUGUUAUAGGACCAUAGCUAUGGAAUCAACUGCCUAUCCAAUUACGCCAAAUUUCAUCAACAGAAGCAUUCAAGUCCCAGUUGAAAACUUGUUUAAUCUCCCAUAAACAGUUUAAUAUUGUGUUUAUUCAGGAGAAUUCAAAUUCUAUUCUUUUUUGUUUUCUAUUGUUGUGUUUUGUGUUUAUUUUCCAUGAGCGCCAUGAGCACAGAAAGGUGGACCUGUGCGCUAUACAAGUAGCCACCAUUAUCAUUAUUAUCAUUAAGGGUAAUCAAGUAUUACUGAACAUCCUGCCUGAGUUUCGAGUCACAUGACCAAGGUCAAAGGUCAUUUAGGGUCAAUGAACUUUAACCAAGUUGGGGGUAUUUGUUGAAUGAUCAUCAUAACUUUGAAAUUUUAUGGAUGUUGUUCAUAAAACCUUGACAUAAGAGUAAUCAGGUAUUACUGAACAUCCUGUGCGAGUUCCAGGUCACAUGAACAAGGUCAAAGGUCAUUUAGUGUCAAUGAACUUUGGCCAAUUUGAGGGUAUUUGCGGAAUUACCAUUUUAACUUUGAAAGUUUAGGGAUCUGGUUCAUAAACCAUGGACAUGUGAGUAAUCAAGUAUCGCUGAAUAUCCAUUGCGAGUUUCAGGUCACAUUACCAAAGUCCAAGGUCAUUUAAGGUCAAUGAACUUUGGCCAUGUUGAAGGUAAUUGUUAAAUUGCCAUCAUAACUUUGAAAGUUUAUGGAUAUAGUUUAUGAAAUGUGGGUGUAAGGGUAUCAAGUAUUACUGAACAUCCUGCCUGAGUUUCAAGUCACCUGACCAAGGUCAAAAGUCAUUUAGGGUCAAAGAACUUUAACCAAGUUGGGGGUAUUUGUUGAAUGAUCAUCAUUACUUUGAAAUUUUAUGGAUCUGGUUCAUAAAACCUUGACAUAAGAGUAAUCAGGUAUUACUGAACAUCCUGACCUUGACCUUGAUGCAUUUAAUUAGUCAUAAGGAUAAUAACAAUAAUGAUUAUGAUAAUGAUAAUAACGAUAAUUAUGAAAAUAAUAUUAAUGAUAAUGAUAAUAAUGAUGAUUAGCCUAUUGGUGAUGAUGAUGGUGAUGAUAAUGAUGAUGAUAAUGAU